AGUCUCAAAUUAGUUUACAUUAAUUUUUUAACCGAAAAUUAAUGUAAACUAAUUCCCAUGUAAAUUGAUUUAAAUUGGUUUAGAUCUAAAUUAGUUCCAACGAAUUUUUAAUUUAAAAUUAUUGUAAAUUAAUGCUUUUACAAAUUAAUUUAAACCAUUCUAAAAUCACAAAUUCGUUUAAUUUAAUGCGAUAGGAAAUUAACAACGAUAAAAAUGAAUUCAGAUUAAUUUUUAGCUGAAAAUUUUGAAUUAAUUUCUAUCAGAUUAGUGCAAAUUACUAAAUUGAGUUAAAGGAAUUUGGGAAAACAUUAAUUCAAAUUAAUUUGAGUUUCAAAUUAGUGUAGAGUUUUCGAAUUAAUGUACACUAAUUCGAAGCUCGAAAUUCGUGUACAUUAAUUUAAUAUGAGACUUUGUAUAAUGCGGUAACGAGGGAAAUUAAUUUUUUCACGAAAAAUGAACUAAAAUUAAUGUCAGUAUUUUCAAAUUAAAGCGCAUUAAUUUGAAGUAUAUUCUUUUAUUUUUUUUUCAUUUAUUCAAAGAUUUAAAGUGAUGCGCAUUAAUUUUGAACGCCAAAAAGUUUUUUAAAUUAAUGUGAACGAAUUUCCUCUCAAAUUCGCUCAAAUUCCUUUGCAUUAAUUCGAAAGUAUUUAAAAGUUCCAAUGGGCUAUUCGAAAUGUUUCAGAUACGGUCAGGUUUUCCAAAGAUUACCCGGAGCGUCCUCAUCAAAAACCCUCCUCAUGGAAACCUGACACCAAGCCUCUUGUUUCGCAUGAUGAAAAUUAAUUAUUUGUUUACUUUCUUUUAUAAAAGAAAAAAUGCGAUAGACGCCCUGUUUUAUUCAUAAUGGUAUCAUUUACCGAGAUGAUGAAACUACAGAAAUUCGUGCGAAAGUUGAUGCUGAACAAACAAUAAAAGAAUUAAAAGAAAAGUAUCCAAAGCCAGUUGGAUCAGAACUUUCUUAUAAUGACAACAAUAAUGAUAAUAGUCGUAGAGCAUCCACAGGAAUUUUCAUACCACCCAAUGUUGAUGUUAAAAAUGAAAAGUCUAAUAUAGAGAAUGACAAUCGCUUAGUGAAAAAACAAGAAAUAGAUGCUGAUACAACCAGCAGAAAGCACACAGAUUUCAGUAUAAAAGAACAAAUGAACACAAAUAGAACUCAUAUAAGUAACACAGCUUUUGAAAAAUCAAACAGUCACAUGAAUACGGCUGAUCAUACUGCGACAACAUUGAUAGGGACUAAUAUUAAUGUAGAAUCUCAUAAUAUACAAAAUCAAACGAACACAGAUAAUCAUUAUGCAACAACCAUAAUAGGUAGCAACAUGAAUAUACAAGCUGUCAAUAUGCAAAAUCAAAAGGAUACGACUAAUCACAAUGUAACCAUCAUAAGAGGUGAUAAUAUGGAUAUAAAAACACUCAAUAACCAAACUCAAAUUAACAGUACUAAGCACGGCAUCACAAGCAUAGCAGAAAAUUUACGUAAAGAGCUGGGACCAAUCAAACUGGAUAUGAAUGGAGAAGACAACGAUCAAAGAAAUGGUGGCCAUGAUGAUAACAAACGUGAUCAAACAGUAGAAAGAAAACAUUUUCCAAGAGAGGAAAAACGAGAUAGAGAGGGUACAGUGAACUUUUUAAAAAAAGAAUAUACUGAGAAAGUUAGGCGUGAUACAGAUCAUCAAGAUGAAUCAAGAACAUUUUCUGCUGAAACCACUAUGAUCUCAACUGAGAGUGAAGCAACAAUUUUCAAGAACGAACCUUGGGGGCCUAAUAAAAAUAUUCACACUUUCUCAACAAUAUGCAUAAUGACAUCACCGAAACAAGUUGAAAGAAUUGGAAAGAAUAUUCACGGGUUCGCUGAUGGAUCAUAA